ACCUGGUCACACAGCGGAAAAGCUGUGCAAAAAUCGAGCGAAAUUUAAGGGGCCAUGCCAUGAUAAUUGUAGUGUAAUCCUCCGGACCGCCAUGCUGUUGUGCGGCUUGCAGCAGCGUUCGUAAUUAGCAGCUGUUGCAGUCGCCAAUCGCACAACGAAGUGCAAGAAAAAGCCGUGUUCGUUGAAUCUGCACCUGGAUAGCUACGAUGACACCUUUUGAUGACUUUGUCUAUCUGAUUAAUCAUGUGCUGCUGGGUGAGGAGCCGACCAUUGAGGACUUCAUAUUGCUGGUGGGCACUUUGGUGGCAUUUAUAGCUUUCAUCUUGUGGUGCUGCUUUCCCAUACAACCAAAGGAACCUGGUCCCCAUCGCCCAUUCACGUGCAAAAUCAUCCAGAAUCCCAUCAAUGCCUUCGACGCCUCUACCAGCACCGACGAAGCACCCAAUCCGAUAGGUGGCUCCGGAACUGGAAGUUCCACGUCCAACAUGCAGUACAAUGGCAGCGGAAGCUACAGCAAGAAUGGCACCGUAGCAAUGCACAAUUACUACGUUAAGAAUGGACACCAUUGCUGCACCUAAUCAAAAAUGGUCAUUCCGACAAGAUACUGUCCAUGUCGAAGAGACAGGAUGGUUUGUUAUACACAUGCCGACUUUAGUUACCAUUUGCAAAGCACUCCUAUCCGUAUGCGGAAAUAUGUCGCUUGAGGUUUAUGCCAAUUGGUUCGGCAGGUUGUUAGGGGGCAGCUAAAAGCUGCAAGCACAUUUGAAUUGUAAUUGCUCAGACUGAUUUGUUUAUGGAAUACGAGAAAGCGGUGAAGGAGAAGGUCGGGCAGGAUUAAGUUCGCACACAGAUACGCAGCAGCCCCUGACAAGUUUCAAAAACUUAAUAUCUAUAGAUGUUGUGUGCAUUUGUUGACUUACCAAAUGUAUUAUGCGUAUUUGUGGAAAGAAAACUGGAUAUGAUACCAGGCAAUUAAACUUAAGUUUUUAUUUGUGUAAGCGAUCCCCAAGAAAAUAGAUACUUGCCGCCACAUUGUGUGCAAACAAAAAUCGGAAGCCCUUAAAAAACUAUCAAUUAUAUGCAGUCCGGGUGAAAGAUAAAGAAACCCCUAUAUAUAUAAAUAUAUUUAUUUAUAUAUAUAAACAUUUAUCUAUAAGAUGAAUUAUGUACACACCAAGAUAUACACUAUUUUCUCUCGUAUUUUUUAUUCCUGCAUAUUAUAGUGUAUUUGAUCUCAUUUAAUGAUAUUAUUUGUGAUGUAACUUCAAGAUUCCAAUACUUUUCCAAUGGCUUGUAAAUCCUUCUGAAAAGCAUAUGAAACUAAAACGUAACGACAAACUGCUA